ACACAACAUUAUGCCUUUGGCUGGAAGUUCGGCAUUUGGGUUCAGUCCCUUGGUGUGUGCUCAUGACAGACCUAAACAAUAAAUGGUAUGGGGAAGGACAUUGACAUUAUCAUGAACAACAGACUGACAAGAACUAAAAGAAACCAGGGCGCUAAAUACACACAGAUUAACGAGGCAAUGAGGAACACAUUGACAUGACACGAGUUGGUGGAGUCAGCUGAUAGGUCGAUGCAAGGUAGAGCGUUAACGGGAACAGGUAGACACAAUCAACUGAGCAUACAACACAUGAACAAAAAUUGAACACGGAAAACAUGAAACAAAACAAAACAAAACGCAGACCGUAAGACAGUCGUUACCAGAUUACUAGCAACAUUUAUUGCUCUGCUCUUUCACAAAGUCUUUAUGUCUCAAGAGUAUUCUCUGUCAAUUGACUGUCUGUGGUCUUAAUAGAGCAGCUCCAACUACAAGAGACAAAUUCCUCAUGUGUUUUUGAUAUACUUGACAAAAUAAAGAUCUGAUUCUGAAUUCAUAUGCCCAGAAUAAGGGUACUUUUUCCAAAUAAAAAAAAAGAUUCCCUGUAUGAUAAAUCCAUCUUAUUUGAUUUGACUGCCAAUUUCUUUAUAUGGUAAUAAAUUCUAAUGUGCCGUAAAACUGCUUUCAGUCUGCUGUUAGGACAAAGGGCGCAGGACACAACAUGGUUGAAGAGCGACACAUACAGGCUAAUUCCUGCUAUCUAAAAAGGAGAAAGUGAACUUUAAACUCUUACUAUCAGCUGACUAGAAAAAAAUGAUUUGUUUACGGUGGCCCUGGCUCAACAAGAUCAGGAACAUUACUUGUAGUUCUUAGCACAUACUUUCACACAUAGUCACUUACACUAUCUAAGUUAUUUUAAGUAAUUUCUCUCAGCUUUUAACGUAUAAUUUUACUUUGCUUCAAGGCGGAGGCGAGAAUCUUAAAUGUAAAGCCACACUACACCGUAAUCUGCCAGUGGUUCGCUUUUCUGGUUCGGCUACAGAAUGUAUUUUAGAGCAGAGAAGUAGCCGGGCAGGCCAGGUUGAGUUUAGGAAUGUCAGCGCAUUAUAGGGUGGUGUAGAGUGUGGGACGGAGCCAAACAGAGGAGGGACAAAAAGUAGGAGAGGGAGUCAUAAAUACAAUAAUUACAGUUUAGGUAGAAAUGAGGAAAGCACUCUAGUCUCACUGGGUGCCAGCGUAGCUAACAACAGAACUAAAUGGAGAAGACCGAAGCAACAUUGACCUUUCUGUUUUGAAGAUUACACUACAAUUCACUGCUCCUGCUUGGGAUUUUCCUUCCCGAUUUUAAUGAAUACAGUCACGGAAACCACUCAUUUCUCAAGAUGGAUUUUCUUCUGGAUUCUGGUUGAUUAGGGUGGAUUAUUUUCACACUUCUUCCUUCACGUCUUAUUGAAUUUGAUUAGUGCACUUCGAAAUCGUGGAUACAUUCUCCAUGUCCGUGGCUGCCCUGUUUAGGGGCAAGUGGGGAGCCAAAUCCCAGGAAAGCCCUGACAAGCAUCCGACAACUGUGGCUCUACACAGACCUGAGGAGGUCUAUGACGAUGACGAUGAUGAUGAAUCCAGGGUGGGCUUUAGCAGAGAGCCUAUUCGCAGAAACUCCCGCUUUUACCGUUCAAUGAGGAAGAAGAGAAUGGCUGCAUCUGAAAACUCAGAAAGUUCUCCUAAGUCUGGAGUGGACCACAACAUGCCAACGAACUCUCAUUGUAAUACUCCACCUCAUAAAUCACCUCAACUGUCUACGACUGGUCGACCUGUGUUGCCAAGCAAUGGUGAGGCCAGCAGCAGAUAUUAUUCUUUGUACAUCAAGGAUGCUGUGAAUAAGGAAAGAGGAAGUGUGGGAGGAGGGAGCAUGGACAUAUCUGCUACCUCCUACCACCACAACAGUGCUCUUACAGACGACUCAAUCUCAUACCGAACUCACAGCAUUCAUAGUGGAGACAUUAAAAAGCUAUCUGAGCAAACGACCACAGCCUGCACUGUGCGCGACAUUGGAAGUACCAUGAGUUUGGGAAUGCCUAGCCCCGAGGGAGCUGACCGGAAUAACUUCAACCACAGGCUACUGAACAAUGGAGCUUAUUCUAAGACACAGCCAUUCAGCCAGAGCCUCAACAUUGUCAAAAGCAUUGCCUUCUUGUAUCAAGAAUACAGAGAUACAUCUAAGAAGCAAGAGAUUGAACAAAGGCGCCAGCGUGAGCAUCGCUCUCCUUCCACCAUGUUAGGAGGAUCUAGUGUCUCAUCACCCCCAGUGUUACAGUUACAGCUGAGGAACAACGCCCGUGCACUGAGCUUGUGGCAGAAUUUGGAUGUGGUGCUGGCCAGUGGACUACUUACCCAGUUGCCACAAAAAGAAAUUAUAAUGCAAGAGGCCAUGUUUGAACUUAUUACUUCAGAGGCAUCCUACUACAAGAGUUUGGAGAUUUUAGAAACACACUUCCUUCGUAACCCUUCUUUAGUAAACACUCUCAGCCAAUCUGAUAUGCACUUUCUGUUCUCCAACAUCGAAGAAGUUAUGAAGGCCAGUGAACGGUUCUUGAUGGAUCUCGAACACCGAAUCGAGAAGUCUAUUUUGAUUUCGGAUGUGUGUGACAUUGUUUACAACCAUGCUGUUGAGCACUUCAGUGUCUUCAUCAAGUACGUCAUUAACCAGGUUUACCAGGAGAAGAACUACAGGCGAAUUUUAGAGGGAAACCAGGCAUUCCGGGAGACCAUGGCAGUAUUGGAGAACCAUCCAUGUGUCAGAGGGCUGUCCUUUACAUCAUUCCUCAUCCUUCCCUUUCAGAGGAUCACAAGGCUCAAGUUGCUUGUUCAAAAUAUCCUGAAAAAUGUUGACGAACACUCUGAGAGGGAAGCAAAUGCAAUAAAAGCUCACCAGCGACUGGAGCAGAUUGUGAAAGAGUGUAACGAGGGUGUCCGAAAAAUGAGUCGUACCGAGGAGCUUAUCAGCAUUGAAAAGACAUUAGAGUUUAAAUCCAAGUCUGUGCCCAUCAUCUCCCACUCCCGCUGGCUGCUCAAGAAGGGUGAAGUGCAGCUCAUGGCAGGACCCAAGAGCACCAGGACAUUGCGAAGUCGUAAGCUCUACCAACCCGUCGUCUUGUUUCUCUUUAAUAACCUGCUGUUGGUCACCAAGCGCAACUCAAGUGGGGACAAGUUUCAGGUUCUUGACUCCUGCACACGGGCUAUGCUGAGGACUGAAGAUCUUGAGGACCAAGGCCAGAUGCUGGCCUAUGUAUUUAAUCUUAGAUUGCUAGAGAACCAAGAGGACCGUCAAGCCAGCUACAUGCUCAAGACUUCUAGCAUGAGUGAUAAGCUUCGAUGGAUGUGUGCGCUGACUCCAAACCCGCGCACUCGUUUUAUGUCGACCAGCGCACACCAAUCAGACUCUUUGCAGGUGCAAUGUAUUCAGUCGUACUCCUCUCAGGAGCCAGAUGAACUCUCCAUUGAGAUGGCUGAUGUUUUGAAUCUCUUGGAGAGGACAGAUGAUGGCUGGAUGAUGGGGGAGCGGCUCCACGAUGGCGAAAGAGGAUGGUUCCCAAGUCGACUUGUGGAGGAGAUACAGAGUCAGGAAGUACGAGUUCAGAACCUGAGAGAGGCAUUCAAGGUUCAUCAUGCUCAAGAGGGAGGCGGAGCACUACAAAGUGGAGCAAGGAUUGGCUUAAGAGGUGGGAGACCCAUUCCAAAAGUCUGCAACCUCUUCAGUUCGUGGAAUGAUCCAAUAGGGAAGAAGUAAAGCGGAGACCUUGAAGAAACUGCAUGUGCAAAAUCAUUGAGUCCUUUAUAUCCUGGACUAUGGGCAGAUAACUUACAAGCUUCACUCUUCUCACUAGCCUCUUUUACACUGAAAUGACGCACAAUUGAAGCGGCAAAGCCAUAACAGAAGAGCUGACAUUUAUCCACCGUUUCUUUUCAUGCUGAAACCACCAAAGGCAGGAUAUUGCUGCAACUGUGUUUUUGCACACAGAGAGAAGCCUUCCUGUAAUCAGAUAAUGUUCGGUGUCAAAAUUAGACAACUGCUUUCAACACAGCACCACAGUGCACGAGUGGGUGGCACAUCAACACUUCUAAGAUUUGGUGUGUCAAUCUUGGCUCUGGCGUCCCCUUGUGGAAUUUGCAUGUUUUUUCUGUGCUUCCGCCCACAUUCUAAAAACGUGCUACUUGGGUAAAUUUAAGAGUCUAAAUUGUACAUAUGUGUACUUGUGAGCUUGAUUGGCUUGUUUCUCUAUACUGCUGUAAAUGUGCUCUGCAUUUGGCUGGCAACCGGUCCAUUCUAGGAUAGUCUCCAGUUCACCCACGAAAAUGGAUGGAUGGACAAAAGGUUAGAAAAAGUCAAUAUUAGAUGUUUAAAGCCCUGCAGAAUUUCCUUAUAUGGGCAUCACACCAUUCGACAAAGCCAAAUUUGACUGGAAUGGACCAUUACAAAAAAUGAUAGUUGGCCACUCACACCCGCACGUUGAGCCUUUUUGUCUACUGAUGCGCUAUGACAGAAAUCUCUGACCCUGCAUCAGGUGUUGAAGCACCACAUAUCAUAUAUUGUACUGUAUCAUGGUAUUCAUCCAUAAAAGCAUUGUGUAAUGAUCAAAGAAGGAGGGUUGGCUGCAAAUAGUGGAAGUGUGUGAGAAUUAUGCAGAGCGUGUGGAUAUUUUCCAAGGCUGACUCGCCUGCAUUCACUGACUGUACCCAGCCUGUACCCAGCACACUACGUUCAUCGCUGGCCUCCAUUUUGGCAAAAGAAACUGCAUGGCGAAACUUGCAGUUUCAUGUACAUGUGAAAUUAUGACUACUAUAAUUCCCGGCCUACAGAGCGCACCCGGUUACAAGUCUCACUGAGUACAUUUGUAAAGGAAAUAGCAUUUCCUACAUACAGUACAUACGCUGCACCUGUGUAAAAGCCACAAGUGCCCACAUUGAAACCCACAUUGAAAUACGAGAUAUUUACAAAGAAAGACGGUACACUGAAAGAGUUUAAUGCUAGCACGGCGCUAUCGCUAAUGCUAACGCUAACAAGACCGUUAAAAUAAAACUUACCGGUAAAUAUCACUGAGACACGCCAGUAACACAGCAGCAACACGCUAGCACAGUGCUAACGCUAGCACAGUGCUAACGCUAGCGCAGUGCUAACAGGCCCGGUAAAAAUCACUUACUCAGCACAUAUAUUCCACCGGUCUCAUUCUUACCUUUUCCGCUCGAAUGCCCCCCUGCGGCCGUUAGAAAAAAUGCAAAAAUUAGCCACAUCACCGCAUAAACCGCAGAGUUGAAAGCCUGUGAAAAAGUCACGGAUUGCGAGCCAGAAAUUAAAGUAUAGUUGUUUUAUGUAUUGAUGUAAAACAUGAUAUACAUACCGUAUACGUAUGGCAUGUCCGUGAAAGCAGAUUGUCUGUUAAAUUAAAGCCCUUUUUUUGUGGUCUAAAAACACCCAGAGCAGUACAAAAUUGUUUUGUACUUUUUUUGUGGGCUAAAAAGGCUAUAUACAGUACAAAAUAAUUAUAAAUAAAUAUCUAAAAAGCUUGAAAAUAUUUGAAAAGUUUUCAACUUUAUCUAAACCUACUUGGCUAUUGCUUGGAAGGGCUAAUUAUAGUAUGUAGCUGGUUGUGGGAGUGAGUUGAAGGUUGCUUUCAUUAGCCACAAGGUUAGCACUCUUGCUUUUUUUGUUAGUUACUUUUUUUUUUUAAAUUAACCUUUGUUAAGGUUGGAUGCCAUAGACCAGGGCUUGCCCAAAACACUUAUUCUUUACCAGAAUUCGUAUAGCAUGUUCGAGAGACGAGAUACGAUGCCCCUUUGAGUAAAUAGCCAUAAAUGUGAAUUUGAGUGGCAUGACUAAGGUAAUGCUAAGCUAAUACGCACACAUUGCUUUUGAUCGGAAUGUCGCAUGUUGGCAGGUCUGUGAGCUGAAUCAGUUCUUGUAUUUGUGACAUUAGCGACUGCCCAGAUGUACAGGUACCAGUCUCGUUCUGUUGAUUGCGCCAGUAAACAAGAGGAGCCAAUUCUGGCACCAUAAAACUUUGUCAAUGACAAAAGGGCAUUUGGACUUCCAACUGGACACUACUUCCUGUCCGUUAAAUUGUAUAGGUUUUUUUCUUUUUUGUUUACAGACAAUGUACAAGGGGCUCGUGAUUACAGACAAAUCCAAACAACUUAAGUAAUGUUGUAUGGAUCUUAAUGUGCAAUGAAGGUUUUUUUUUUUGUCUCUUUGUUUUGUGCCCAAUUCCCUUACUCUAGUGUGUAAUAAAUGAAGAAUUUACAUUUGAUAAGAAGUUAUUUGUGGUGGGAUGGCCGAUAACCCCAAAUUUUGUUGUAGCUAAUUUAUUGUUAAGACACUGUAAAUAUCCCACAAACAAUACAACAUUUUAGACUUUAAAUAUUUCUAUCCAACAUUUCUGUUUGAGCCUUUGGAUUAAGACGCACACAAAUGCAAAUAUGAAAAAUUCAGGUAUAUUUAAAGCUGUAAAUGUGUACAAUUUAAUAUGUGUGGAGCAGCAUGAUUGUAAAGCCUGUAUGUUUCUGACCAAAAAUGAGAACUCAAUUGUUGUUUCAUUUUUUUAAAUCUGUAAAUUAUUGCUGAUAAAAAAAAGUAAAAAAU